AUGCUGUCCCGCACCACUCCACGAGCAAUACUGCUCUCCAGCUCCAUGCGGCCCCUCCGCACAACCACGCUCACACCCACUUCCGCCCUCUCAGCUCUGCUCCCCCGAUCCUCCCGCGCCAUCCGCCCCAGCUCAGCGACACCACUCCGCGCUAACAGCCGGGCAUUGCACGUCUCUGCCGUCAGAUGCAAGGGCAUCCAGCCCGACUCGUCGGACCCCAAGCCUCCGCCUGUAGCGGGCUCUGCGGCACACGUCACUGAGCCGACGCCUUUGUCGGCGGAGGAGUACCAGGAAUACUCGGAGCAUUACUUCAACGUGCUCCUUGGGGAGCUGGAGAAGUCUCAAGAGGAGGGCUCAGAUGUUGAAGCGGAGUAUAGUGUAUGUCUUCUUCACUUCAACUUCCUCUCUUUCUCUAGUUCCAAGACGGAGCGGAAUAUGAAAUUGGAGAAUCAAGAAAAGCUAACAUACCGUAACCACAAACAGGCCGGCGUUCUCAACAUAACUGUCCCCGCGAUAGGAACCUUCGUGCUGAACAAACAACCGCCCAACAAACAGAUCUGGCUCAGCUCGCCCAUCUCCGGGCCUAAGCGGUACGACUGGAUCGUUGGCGGCGACCGCAUGCACGAGAAGCAGGAGUCGCGGCCCUUUAUCAGUGGGCAGUGGGUUUAUCUGCGCGAUGGGUCGAACCUGACGGAUCUUUUGAAUUCGGAGUUGACGCUGAACUUGCCGGCAGAUGUCUAUAGUGAUAGUGAGUAG